UGAUUUCCUAUUUUCUAUUUUCAAAUCCAAUUCCAUGUUUCAACUUUCAACCAGAUGAAUGAACCCUAACCCCAAUUCCCAAAUUUUCCAAUCGAACUCGCCGCUGCCGCAAUCGAUCUCGUCGUCGCCGCACGACCACCACUGUGUCCUUCCUCUUCUUCAUCCCAAACGCCGCCACCACUCCACCUCAGGUUCUCUUCGUCACUGCUCUGAGCCGCAUUAGCAGAAGAAACAACGAUUUCAUAGAGCAAAGUUUUCCUCAUCUUCCACUAUCAUAUGUUCGCUGCUCCUACCUUCUACAUUCUUCAGCUGCUUCUGCUUUUUCUGAUCGACAGUUCGUUGUGGCAAGGGUCAGAUGAUGGUAACUAUAACUGCAGACAUAUCUUGAGGGACCACACAGAGGUGUAUCAUAUGGAUCACGAGUUAUCUACUCCUCCACAAGAUGGAUCUAACAACGUUGAUGUGGGAUCUUCUAGAAAACGGAAAAGCUGGACUAACCAGUCUGAUGUUUUGGACCAUUUCACUGUAGAUCCCGUGUUAACUAACAGAGCAAGAUGCAAUUACUGUAACACUUAGAUGCAAGUCUAAUCCAAACUCUUCGUCUUCAACGGUCAAUGUUGGUUCUUCCCCUUCUACACUAAAGUUUGACCAAGAAAAGUGCCGGGAAGUACUCGUGAAGAUGAUUGUAGCUAUGGAGCUUCCGUUUAGAGUAGUGGAACAUGAAGCUUUCAUAGAAUUUCUUCAUGUUUUUGAACCGAGGUUUAAAUGUAUCUCGUGAUAUGUUGUCGCUUUGGAUUAUGGAGAAGAUCAAAUUGAAGAGCUAUCUUGCCCAUCAUUCUAGCAGAGUUUGCCUCACCACUAAUACAUGGACAUGUCAAACCUACUGCUAUAUGUGUUUGGCAGUCAACUUCAUUGACAAUAAUUCGAAUUUACAUAAGAAGUUCUAAAUUUUUUGGCAAGUCACUAGCCAUAAAGGGGAGGUGAUGUCUAAGCCUAUUUAUCACAGUUGAUAAUGCAAGCUCAAAUGAUGUUGGGGUUGGAUAUCUCAAGAAGAGGCUACAAUCUUGGAGUAACUUGGUCCUAAACGAAGACCAGCUUCACAUGCGUUGUUCUGCGCAUAUAUUGAAUUUGGUUGUGAAGGAUGGUCUUAAGGUGAAAAAAUGAAGACAAAAUAUGAUAAGUAUUGGGGAAAAGCUGAUAAUUUUAACAUGUUAAUGUUUAUUGCUUUGGUAUUGGACCCCAUAUACAAAUUAGAAUUUCAGAA